UCACAACAUUCCAAUCCCUCCCGACACAUCCACAUCGUCUCCCUGCCCUGAAUCGCCCGUGUGUGUUGCACCGUGACACGGAACGUGUCCAUUUUCACCGACGUAACCAGGCAUUACACGUCCACCUGGGGCAGGGAGACAGGGCUUUUUUAAACUCGUGUCCCCGAUCGGAAUACGUUUUAUUUGCAAUAUGGAGGCGAGAGACGCAACUGCAGUCAUAAAAAAAGAGGACACACAAAGAUACAGCGUUAAACCUGUAGGUGCUAUCGUGAGCAACAAUGGAGAGGAGCAGACUGCAAAUGCAGCUCCAAAAGAAGAUCUACCACAGACCAAAAGCGAGAUGGAGAGGAUCUUUGGGUUCAGGAAGGAGGACCUGAUCUCCUGGCACAGCAUGGUGACCCUCCUGAACCGCCCCGCUGACCCGGCGUCCCUUGGCAUCUUCCGCUGCUUGUUUGGUUUGCUCAUGGUCAUUGACAUCACGCAGGAACGGGGCCUCAGUCACCUGGACUUUAAAUACCUGGACGGGGCCCCUGUGUGUCGCUUUCCCCUCUUCAAUGUCUUGCAGCCACUUCCACUGGACUGGAUGUAUCUGGUGUAUGUGGUGAUGUUCUUCGGCGCUCUGGGCAUCAUGCUUGGCUGUUUCUACCGUCUCUCCUGCCUCAUGUUCAUCUCAACGUACUGGUACAUCUUCUUUCUGGACAAAACGGCCUGGAACAAUCACUCGUACUUGUACGGCCUCAUCGGGUUUCAGCUCACACUUAUGGAUGCCAACAGAUACUGGUCAAUUGACGGAUUGAGGAGGCCUUCAAUAAGAAAUGCUCACGUGCCUCUUUGGAAUUACACCGUGUUGAGGACACAGAUAUUUAUUGUAUACUUCCUUGCUGGACUGAAAAAGUUGGAUGCAGACUGGGUGGAGGGAUACUCAAUGUCAUACCUGGCUCACCAUUCGCUGUUUGAUCCUUUCAAAUUGAUUCUCCCUGUGGAGUUAGUCAACCUGCUGGUGGUGCAUGGAGGUGGUCUUGUUCUGGAUCUGACAGCCGGCUACCUGCUGUUUUUUGAUGUCACGCGACCGUAUGCAUUUUUCUUUGUCUCCUACUUCCACUGUAUGAACUCCCAGCUCUUCAGCAUCGGGAUGUUUUCCUACACGAUGCUGGCCACCAGUCCCGUCUUCUGCCACGCCGACUGGCCGAGGAGAUUCUUCGCCCGUUUUCCGGGAUUCCUCAGGGCGGUGUUGCCUCUCACCUCGCCGGACCCUCAGCCCAGUACUUCCUGCGUUUACAAUACGAUCCAAAGCACCAGCAGUAAUCCCCGGGAGACCCCGCCUGUCGCCAAGGCUCCAAAACUGAGAUUGAAGCACAAGCUGGGAGCCAUCUUUACUAUUCUCUACAUAACUGAACAGCUCUUCCUUCCUUACUCCCACUUUAUCACACAGGGUUACAACAACUGGACGAAUGGCCUGUACGGCUACUCGUGGGACAUGAUGGUUCACUCCCGCAGCCAUCAGCACGUUAAGAUCACCUACAAAGAUGGAAUAACUGGGGAAACUGGAUAUCUGAACCCAGGGGUGUUCACACAAAGCCGUCGCUGGAAGGACCACGGCGACAUGCUGAAGCAGUACGCCACGUGCCUCCAUCAGUUCCUGCCGCGCUACAAUAUCUCUGAACCCGAAAUCUACUUUGACAUUUGGGUGUCCAUCAACGAACGCUUCCAGCAAAGGAUCUUUGACCCCCGCGUGGACGUUGUGAAGGCGGAGUGGUCACCUUUCCGUCCCAGCACGUGGCUGAUGCCUCUGCUGGUGGACCUCUCACCCUGGAGGACCAAGUUUCAGGAGAUCGAGGGCAGUUUGGACAAUCAGACGGAGAUCGUCUUCAUCGCCGAUUUCCCAGGUCUCCACCUGGAAAACUUUGUAAGUGAAGAUCUGGGCAACACCAGCAUCAGUGUCUUGCAGGGCAAAGUGAAUGUUGAGAUAGUGGAGGAGCAGAAGAACUACACUCUCCAGCCUGGUGAGCAGAUGAAGGUACCUGCUGGGGCCUACCAUAAGGUGUACACGGUGUCUGAACACCCAUCUUGCUACAUGUACAUCUACGUGAACACCACAGAGGCGGCGCUACAGGAGAACUUCACCAGGCUGUAUGAGCUCCAGGAGCGGGUUCGCAACGGCACCGAAACCGAGCCGCUUCCUCCUGAGCUGCAGCCCCUUAUCGCUGCGGACGGGGAGGACGGGUCCGAGGUCAACGCGACCGACCCCAUCGUGCAGCUGUUCCUGAAGAGGCAGCGGCGUAUGAAGGAGGUGAAGAAGCGCAGGGAGGCGGGCGCAGCGGAGCGCCUGGAGCGCUUCGCUGUGAAGAAAUACUACACGAUACGGAGGGGAUUCUUGAUGACAGCCAUCGCCAUCAGGAACCUGGCGGUCGGCCUCCCGUCCCUCGAGCAGCUGACCAGAGAGGUCGCCUUCGCCAACAUGAAAGAACCUCGAGCAGAAGCCAACCAGGACGAACGGCUGAAAGACGAAGUCGGUCACGGGGAACUUUAAAGCUGUCGUUAGGCACCAAGGAUAAUGUGCCAACCUGCUGGAUCCCACCAAAAAGAUGUGUGAUGUUACAACUGGACCGUUAUCGGCCCAGAAGUCUAAUUAUUUUCAGUAUUUUUAUUUUUAUUUUCUAUGCCUCUGAAAUAAUCUGCCUCUCGGAUUAUUUCCAUAAGUAAAGCCAGUUUUUUGUUAAAGCAUUUCUUUAUAAACCUCAAAGUAUGUGGAGACAUGUUUCAGCUACGGAUGCAGAAUACUAAACAAU